AUGAACCCUACGGAAAGAGCAGCACAUCCUUCAACGGCCCAAGUUCAAGAACUUCUCAAUUUUUUGGAAAAGAAUCCUAAUCUUGCAAAAGGAUUUUCUAAAGUUCCCAGUGCAAGGGAGAGAGCCCGUAAAACUUGGGAGAAACUGGCAUUACAGUUAAACAGCUUAGGAGGCUGUGUUAAAACAUGGAAACAGUGGACUAAAUAUUGGGCUGAUAAAAAAAGUGCUGUUAAGAAGAAGGGUGCAUUACGCUAUCAAAUUAGAAAUAAGACUGGUGGUGGUAAUGAGGUGGUGGAACUUUCCGAGAUUGAAGAGAGGAUACUAGUUUUAAUGGGUGGUGAAACUUUUGCAACUGGUGACAGGCAUUUAGAAGUUAAUCCAUUUUUUGGUGCCCAGGCUGGAUCUGGAAAUAGUCCAUCUUUGCUGGCUAACAUCCAGUUAACAGAAGAAAAUCCAUAUCCAGUACCAUCAUUACCAAGGGAACAGCAGUCAACUCCAACUUAUGUUGAAGACCUGCUAAAUGAAAAUGUUCCAGUUGUAGAGGCAUCAGUAAGCCCUUUACCGAUGGUCCAGUCUCUAUCCUGCACAUCACCCACAGUUGAAGGUCCUGCAAGUCCUCCCCCAACUCCUUCAGGCUCAGGCACCCACCCACAACAUCGCCUAAGAAAUAUUCGUCGCCGGUUGAUUAGAUCCCCCCAGACCAAUACCACAACAUCACAACCUCGCCAUAGUCGUCGUACUCAUGCAUCACCACCAUCUCAACGGCGAUCAAGAUUCACGAGUAUUUCAGAGCGGUUUUUGGCGUUAGAAGAACAACAACUUGAAAUAAAUCGCCGAAAUUCAGAGCUCUUUCAAACUUUUGUUAAUAAAAUUGGAGAAGGGUUUCAAUUAUUAGCAGAAAUUUUAAAAAAAUAAGUAUUUAUAUUUAUAGAAUUAUAAUGUUUAUAUUAAAUAUAUUGUUUUUUAUCUUA